UUUUUGGUUGUGAAGCUACGAAAGUGGGUUUAAUGCUGGUUUUGGAGCGGAGAUGCUCAUAGACUUGCACCUAAUCCAACCGUCUUCGUCGGCAGCAUGGGCAACACAUCCUCCAUGCUCACUCAGUACGACAUCGAAGAAGUUCAGCAACACUGCAAUCACACAUUUUCGCAGCAGGAGAUAGUUUCUCUGUACAAGAGGUUCUGUCAGCUCGAUCGCAGCGGCGGAGGUUUCAUCUCCGCCGACGAGUUCUUGUCCGUACCUGAAUUCGCAGUCAAUCCUCUCUCUCAGAGAUUGCUGAAGAUACUGGAUGGAUUGAACUUUAAGGAAUUUGUAGCAUUCUUGUCAGCGUUCAGUUCUCGUGCAAGCUUGCAGCAAAAAAUUGAGUUUAUCUUCAAGGUAUAUGAUUCUGACCACAAUGGGAAAGUCACGUUCAAUGACAUGCUGAAUGUUUUACGGGAUUUGACUGGGCAGUUCAUAUCCGAGCAACAGAGGGAGCAAGUAUUGACCCAUGUCCUCGAGGAAUCAGGCUAUACAAAGGAUUCUUCACUAACCAUAUCUGACUUUGUGAAGACUCUUGGAAACUCAGCUUUGAAGAUGGAGGUUGAGGUUCCUGUGGAUUAAAAUGGACAAAUCUCAAAGCCAAGUUGCUCAUGUAUACACUUUCAGUUUUCUCAUAAGUUAUGUCAGAGCACUUAUUUGGGAUUGGUAUGAUCAUGUUGCCCAUUGGUUUGUUGAACACUAGCACCAUGCAUUUGUUGGAAGCUAUCACACAGCUUAGGGCCAAUAGAAUUAUGUAGGAUUGUGUGUUAGUUCAGCUUGUAGAAUAAUGUAAUUUAUGCACAGGCUGUAGUAGGUACCAGAAGGCAAAUAAUUUGGUUUCUAGUUCGGCUUGUAGAGUAAUGUGAUUUGUGCACAGCUUCUGCCGUUGUCUUGAAAAAAUAGUUGCUUUGUUUUAAGGGGUGUUUUACAGUUCCAUCAACCUGAGGAAUCAGAUUGGAUUGAUUGUGUUAUCAGGUGCAUCUUUUGCGCCAUGGCUAAUUAAAAAAAUUUGCUUGUGUCGA